CCACGACGCAGCUGCCAGCGAGGUAGGGAGAACAAUGGCGGCCGCCGCAGGCGACGGCGGCAGCGUCCCGCCGAAGAGCCCAACAGCGGAGGCGCCUCCCGCCUCUCAGCCGCGCCUGACCCCCAAUACCAUGCCGUGGGAAAGGUGCGUCGCCGGCGUCCAGUCGGCUCUCAAAGAUCCGUUGGCGCGGUUCCUGAGGGAGCAGAUCGAGAAAGCCGGGUGCACCGUAUGGCCGACGCUGAUCCGGGCGGCCAUCUGCACGGCUAGCGGGGGCUACACAAGCGGCAAGGGGAUAGAAGUUUGCUGUAAUCACAUGCGAAAGCAAGAUGAAAUAACUCAGGUCAUAAUUCAUGAGUUAGUACAUGCUUAUGAUGACUGUGUUGUCAAGAACAUCAACUGGAACAACUGCGCUCACCACGCUUGCUCUGAGAUUCGAGCUAAUCACCUUAGUGGCAAUUGCCAUUACAAACGUGAACUGAUGAAAGGCUUCCUGAAGAUAAAGGGGCAUGAGCCAGAAUGUGUCAAAAGACGAGCGCUGCUUUCUGUCCAGAACAACCCUUCCUGUCGAGGGAAAGCGGCAAAAGAAGCAGUUGAGAACGUGUGGGAUACGUGCUACAAUGACCCACGCCCGUUUGAUAAGGCUCCAUGAAGUGCAAGUUGUUGGGACAGUUUUGUUAACUUUCAGACGGGUUUUAUCAAGUGUAAUCCUGUGGGAUAGUUUAGUUUUCCUUCAGAUGGGCUCCAUGAAGUACUUCAGCAAAGCAUUGCAACAAAAUCUGGAAAUUUGGUGCUGGGGCAAAACUUUGAAUGCCAUGAUAGAUGUACGAGUCCAAACAAUCUAGCAGAUUAUCCCAUGUAAAUCAAUUGUUUUACAUGGCACAUCGUGAGAGAGUUCACUAAGCUCCAAAUAAGACUGGGUGUAUCUGAUUAAUUCCUUACACCAGUUAAAUAUUGCUUAAGAUA